GAGCGCGGAGCGCGGCGGGGCCAUGGCGGGGCCGGCCUGACCCGGCCCGACCCGGCCCGACCCGACCCGCGCUCGCCGCCGCGAUGUUGCCGAGCCAGGCCGGGGCCGGGAACGGCGCCGCCGCCGCGCUGGCCCGCGGCUCCGGGCUGGGCCGGUCGCCGGUGCCGCGUGGGGCGAACGGCGGCGGGGCGGCGGCGGGGGCGCCCGGGGGCCGCCUGGAGCGGGAGGCGCUGUACAGCGGCAGCGAGGGCGACUCGGAGUCGGCCGAGGAGGAGGAGCUGGGCGGCGAGCGGCGCGGUGUGAAGCGUGGCCUGGCCGAGGCAGCGGCGGCGGCGGCGGCGGCGGCGGGGCCCGCGGCGGGAGCGGCGGCGGCAGCCGCCUACAGCGGCGGCGGCGGCGGCGGGGCCGUGAGCGGCGCCAAGCCCGGGAAGAAGACCCGGGGCCGCGUGAAGAUCAAGAUGGAGUUCAUCGACAACAAGCUGCGGCGCUACACCACCUUCAGCAAGAGGAAGACCGGCAUCAUGAAGAAGGCCUACGAGCUCUCCACGCUGACCGGCACUCAAGUCCUGCUGUUGGUGGCCAGUGAGACAGGCCAUGUGUACACGUUUGCCACACGGAAACUGCAGCCCAUGAUCACCAGUGAGACAGGAAAGGCGCUGAUCCAAACAUGCCUCAAUUCCCCGGACUCACCCCCACGCUCAGACCCCACCACUGACCAGCGCAUGAGUGCCACGGGCUUUGAGGAGACGGACCUCACCUACCAGGUGUCUGAGUCGGACAGCAGUGGGGAGACCAAGGAUGCACUGAAACCCGCGUUCACUGUCACCAACCUGCCGGGAACAACGUCCAUCCAGACAGCCCCCACCACCUCAACCUCCAUGCAGGUCAGCAGUGGCCCAUCGUUCCCCAUCACUAAUUACCUGGCGCCAGUGUCUGCCAGCAUCAGCCCCAAUGCCGUCACCAGUGCCAACGGGACAGUGCUGAAGACUACUGGAGCCAGUGCAGUGACGUCUGGGGGCCUCAUGCCAAUACCCACUGGCUUCACCCUCAUGUCAGGUGCUUCCCUUUCUCCGGGGACCCCUACCAUUCCUCUCACUCAGUUACAGCCGCACUCUCUGGCUCUUUCCAGCCAGCAGGGCCAGGUGGUCACAGGUACAGCUGGACAGCUGCAGCAGGCACAACAGACAGUCUUCCGCUUCCCUGCCAGAGCUGGAGGGCAGAUCGUGUCGCUGACAGGUGGUACCAUGGCUCAGCAGGUCCCAGUCCAAGCGAUCCAGGUGCACCAGGCACCGCAGCAAACGUCUCCCUCUAGUGACAGCAGCACUGACCUUACCCAGACCUCUUCCAGCGGAACAGUGACCCUCCCAGCGACCAUCAUGACGUCGUCUGUGCCAACCACUGUGGGUGGCCACAUGAUGUACCCCAGCCCGCACGCGGUGAUGUACGCGCCCACGUCUGGCCUUGCGGAUGGUGGACUUGCAGUCCUCAACGCUUUCCCACAGGCACCCUCAGCGAUGCAGGUGUCCCACGGCCAGGUCCAGGAUCAGGGUGGUGUUCCCCAAGUGUUCCUGACAGCCCCAUCAGGCACUGUUCAGAUCCCAGUCUCAGCUGUCCAGCUUCACCAGAUGGCUGUCAUCGGGCAGCAGAGCAGCAGUGGCAGCAGCCUGACGGAGCUGCAGGUGGUCAACUUGGACACCUCACACAGCGCCAAGAGUGACUGAGAGGCCUCUGCUGCUGGCCUUUUGCACCUGGCUGGUCAUGCCAGUGUCAGGGCUGGUGGCAAUGCCUUCUCGUACAGACUGCACCAGUUAUUUAUUGUUGCCUUUUCACGUUUCCUUCAUCCACACAUGCACACACACACACGCACUCGCCCACCCCCACGCACACAGGCAUGCGCGUGGGGCUGCAGGACCCACCUGGGGUGGGGCGGUGCUGGGGCCAUGCAGGGCUUGGGGCAUUUGGAUGCUGCAAUAGCUGUGCUUGUCUCACGCCAGCCAAAGAAAUUUGUCUCUCGAGGGGAGGAUUGCUCUGCACUGUAAAUAAAUACUGUGGGCCAUUCCCAGCUGAAGGCUCUGGCUCCUUCUGGGCGCUCCGAGUCACCUUGCCCAUGAGUGUUUACUCUGCGUGGGGCUCAGCUCAGUCCCAGAGCCAUCACGCAGGCGCAGCUCAGAGCAGAGUGGGUUGAGGCUGUGCUGCUGGCCUCAGCAAUGUGCCUUUGUGGGGGUGACAGGUCCUGGCUGCAGCAACUCACCUGGGCUCUGGACAGGAGAGAGGGGCCAGUUUGCAUGUGCAUCUCUGGGCCUGUGCACCCUCCUUCUAGGGGGCAGGGCACAGCUGAUGGCACGUGGCCUUGUACUCCUUGUAUGCACUACAGUGAGCCUUCUGCCCUUAGUGCCUCCUCACUGGGCUGCCUGGCAGAUUUUCAGCCUGAUUGGCCCAGCCCCAGCGGCUGCCCUUGCACAGCUGAGGUGGUCUGUAGAUGUCCAGGAACACAAUGAUGCCCUGGAGAGCUCCUCGGGGGCUCUGUGCUCUGCUCAGCCCCACACUCUCAGCCCUCACACUGCUUAUGGACUCCAUACACCCAGGGGAACGUGGCUGGGUCUUUCUUACAUCCCCCUGCAGCUCCAGCUGGCGUGUUCUAAAUUUCUGUGUCUGAUGCAAGGUGGAGAAACAACUCAAAUGUCAAAGGGAAGAGCCCAUGGGGCAUUGAGCUGCUGGGCAGGUGGCAGGCUCUUCCUCUGAGCACCAGGAUGAUCUGCAGGCCAUCCUGGGCUGUGGAGGAACAGCUGUGAUGCCUGUACAGGCUCAGCAAGGCUGGGGGAGAAGGGCUGGAGCAUGCUUGGUCCUGCAUGGGAGUUGCUGUGAAUGGCUCUGCUACCUAGCCCUGUCCCUGGAGGGAGAGUGAGAGAAGCUGCUGAAUCCUUAGGGGAAGAAGCAGUUACUGUAACUUUUUUUUUUUAAGUUAAAGACAAAAGAAGCCUUGGAGGAAAAAAAAAAAAAAAAAGAAAAUUACUUUAUUUUUUUAAGUGUUAAACUCAGUAUUUAUGUAAUUCUUUAAGGAAUAAAAGUUUGGCUCCUGUACAGUUUUAAUGGGGUUUGUACCAGGGGGACGGGAGAGGGGUGGGUGGGUGGGCAUGGAGGCAGGAAAGGGGCCUUGCUUUUGAGUUUGUAUUGUAACCUUGGACAUGUUCCCUCAACAUUAGCGUUUAAGCCACACUCUCCAUCCACCAGCAUGUGCCAGGGAUCAAGCUCAACUGAGUGGGAUGCUUGUUUCCCACUUAUCUAUACUGAGAACCUAUAAUUCUGGGCUCAACGGGCAGAAGGCAAGCAAAGUAGUGGUUAGUUCCUAGAAGUGGGAAACCCAGUCCUCAAGAGCAGGGGAUCUGUAGCGUGUGUGGGAGCCAGAGCUGUGCUGGGUUUUCUGAUGAUCACCCUGUUCGCUUCUGGUCCAGGGACCUGCAGCUAUUCUGUCACUGCUCUUGGUAUGGAGCAGUGCUGCCUGUGACUGCCUAAGGGAUAUAGGCAUCCCCACUCUUCCCUGGGUGUGGUGAGUGACCAGCAGUGGCUAAUCCCUGCUCUCCCUGCUUGCUGUGCAGGUAGCAUCUCCUGAACCCCUAGCUGAAGAUCUGGGCUGUAGAUCCCCCUCUACAGCCUUUCUGCAGUGCACAGAUGUGGACAGGUCCCCUCCAAGCUCCCUGUACAAAGAAUUCCCAGAAGGGUCUUUCAGCCCAUGGUCUGUUAAGAGCCUGGGAAAGGCUUGUGGAGAGUUGGUGAGAGUGACAUUGCAUGCUGCCUCCCCCUAGUAUCCUUGCUCUAAGAGUGACGCAUACACUGCAGCUCAGAGCAUGUGGGAGUGCUAUGUCCCUUUGCUAGGUAUAUGAAAACUGCUCAGUAAUGCUUCCAAAGCAAUCUGGGUACCUAGGAGUUCAUCCAGGGAGAAGUGUAGGUUUGGGGUUUGUGUUGUCCUUUGUCCCAGCACGUCACUGUGGCCUGGCUUUGCUCUGCUUUGCUUGUGCUAGCACUAUGGAGCAGAGCUGUUGGGCCAGAAUGGCAGGAGAGCCCCUGCUGCUACAGGGUGUCUGACUGCAUCCCCUCCCUGGCUCCCCAAAGGCAACUGCUGGUUAAACGCUAAUGGUGUAUUUUAUUUAAGUGCAGACUUGUAAGAACACUUGUGUAUCAGGGAUGAAAUGGCAUUUAUUGUGUGGUGACAUUUUUAGUUAAUUUUACUGGUUUGAGGGGUGUGUGUGCGUGCGUGUGUGUGUGCGUGUGUGUGUGUGUGUACGCAUAAGUGUGUUUGGGAUUAUUUUUUUUUUCCCCUCCAGUUUCCAGGGUUGUGUUUCUGGAAGGAUGUGGAAGUAAUCACAGUACUAUGUACAGAGCUUUCUUUUGUAUUAAAAAAAAAUUACUCUUUCAAUAAAUGUUAUCAUUUUGUGCACAGA